CGGGUUUGAGGCUUUGAGCACAAAUAUUUGGAAUCGGAUACUGAAAAUUCUCCACAUUCGCCUUUUUCCCAUUCAGUCUGUCUGACUACUCUCCCUAACCAUUUUCCUACAAACCUUUUCCAUAAAUUAAAAUUUUCAUUCUCCGUUUAAUAACUACCAGAGCAGAAACCAAAAAAAGCCCUAAUUUUCGAGCUUUCAACAAUGGCGAGACAAGCCAGCAGACUCGUCGCUACCUUGUCUUCCAAGAUUCAGCCCCCAAAUUCUUCCAUUUCUUCUUCCAUCGGUCAAAGCAGGCAGUUCGGAACCACUCACCCUUCGCCGGCUGUUUUCGUCGACAAGAAUACGCGCGUCAUCUGUCAAGGUAUCACCGGCAAAAAUGGUACCUUCCACACUGAACAAGCCAUUGAAUAUGGCACCAAUAUGGUUGGUGGUGUGACUCCAAAAAAGGGUGGAACUGAGCAUUUAGGGCUACCAGUUUAUAACACUGUUGCUGAGGCAAAGGAAGGAACAAGGGCCAAUGCCUCAGUUAUCUACGUCCCUCCACCUUUUGCCGCAAAAGCAAUCAUGGAAGGAUUGGAAGCUGAAUUGGAUCUAAUUGUCUGCAUCACUGAAGGAAUCCCUCAACAUGACAUGGUCCGUGUUAAAGCUGCCCUUAACAGCCAAUCCAAAACCAGGUUAAUAGGUCCAAAUUGCCCUGGAAUCAUCAAACCUGGAGAGUGCAAGAUCGGCAUUAUGCCUGGUUAUAUCCAUAAACCAGGACGUAUUGGAAUCGUUUCUCGUUCUGGCACACUGACGUAUGAAGCGGUAUUCCAAACAACUGCUGUCGGCCUUGGGCAGUCCACUGUUGUAGGCAUUGGUGGGGACCCUUUCAAUGGGACAAACUUUGUUGAUUGCAUUGAGAAGUUUAUUGACGACCCUCAAACAGAAGGUAUUAUUGUUAUUGGUGAAAUAGGGGGUACUGCAGAAGAGGAUGCUGCUGCUCUGAUCAAGGAAAGUGGAACGGACAAACCAGUAGUUUCUUUCAUUGCUGGGCUAACGGCACCUCCUGGCCGACGCAUGGGUCACGCUGGAGCCAUAGUCUCGGGUGGUAAAGGAACAGCUCAAGACAAAAUCAAAAGUUUGAGAGAAGCUGGGGUCACCGUGGUGGAGUCUCCUGCAAAGAUGGGUGCAGCAAUGCUCGACGUCUUUAAACAGAGGGGCCUUCUGAGUUAGUUUGAAAUCUUUUUAUCUUAUGUUUUCUCCUCCUAGUAGUACAGUGUGGCAUAAUACCAUACCCCAUGAAUGUGAUGUGAAUUGUGGAAGACUGACUCUUCCAGCAUCACCUGUCGAAGAACGGGGCAACAUUUUGAUUUACAUAUGAUUUAUAUUUUUGCCUCUGCUUUUUCCAUUGAUUUUCAAUGCGAGGGCUAAAUCUUCAGGUUCUAAUGUAUUUUCAAUCAAAACGUGAAGUUUUGACAAUCUUCAAGUGAACUUGAUGUUGAUUUUUUGCUGUA